AUGGCAAACCGCACGGGUGUCAGUAUCGCUGCAGCACCUGUACAACGAGAAGAAAAUGCUAAAAAAAGACUCGAUGAGAUGAUGGUUCGUGCAGCAGAAAUUGAGGAUGGCAGAACUUCCACUAAUGUCGAUCUUGCGAAUGCCCCACCAGCCAUACGCCCAACAAUCACAGCUAGGAAACUGUCAAAGCAGAAGGAGUUUACAAAGACCGUCAAUGCCAGUGCAGAACGAACCACUGAGCGACAACAAAGCGCGCGUAGAAGUAAGUCAACAGAUCGAGUAAAGGAGCGCUUGAAGGCGGUUGCAACUUUGGGCCAAUUUUGCAAGAAUCCCGAGGAUUGGACAGAAGCUGAUCUAAGAAUGCUAGAGCAGCGCCUGGACAGGUACUUAUGAAUGAGAAGUAGAAUUCAACACAAGUCCAGAUCCGUCGAUAGGAUGAUCAGAAUCUGCGGUCUGUGGAGACUACCUUGACUGGUGGUCUGAGCAGACUCGCUCUAAUUAAAUUCACGCUGGACAGCUGAAAAUUAGAAGGGGCGACAAGCUUUCAUUUCUUGUGCUGAUCUCUCUAUCUCUAAGCUGAGACGCCCUUGUUCCACGCAGCCGUGCAGGAUUUGGCACCA